AUGGCAGACAAUGAAAACAAUACAGCAAAUAAUGAAUCAAUUAAUACGGCAGUAACGACAACACCAUCAACAACAACCACAACACCAUCAACAACAACCACAACACCAUCAACAACCACAACACCAUCAACAACCACAACAACACCAUCAACAACCACAACUGCCACCACAACACCUCCACCAACAACAACAACAACAACAAAUACAGCAACAAAUACAAAUAUAAAUACAAAUACAAAUACAAAUAUAAGACAACCACAAUAUUGGUGUCACCAAUGUAAAAAAUAUGUCAGAUUAUCAGAUCCUGAAGAAAUUAUUUGCCCUGAUUGCGCAUCAGAGUUUUUAGAAGAAGCAGAAGAAUCAAACAGACCAACAUCACCAUAUUCUUUCUUACAAAAUAUGAAUACUUCAAACAACAACAAUAAUAAUAGCAACAAUAAUAACAAUAAUACAUCAGCAAAUAGUAAUCCAUUUUCACGAACUCGUGUUAGUAAUAAUGAAUUUAAUAUGGAUCCUUUAUUAUUCCUCUCCUCAUUAUUCCCUCAAGUUUCAUCAUCUAACACCAGUGGUGCUAGAACAAAUGUUUUUGGUGCUCCAAGACAACGUAGACAACAACAGCAACAGCAACAACAACAACAACAGCAACAACAACAACAACAACAACAACAACAACAACAACAACAACAACAACAACGACAAAGAACCAGAAGUAGUAGUACCAGUAGUGAUGUUGAAAAUAAUGAUAGUAGUGAGGAUGAUUUUGAUUUUGGUUUACAAAUGCCACAAGCAGUAGAAAUUGAUCAAGUUUUAUUUAAUAUAUCACAAUUAUUAGGUGGAGUACCCUCAAUGGGUGGAUUUGGUGUUAUGGGUGGUGGUGGUGGCGGUGGCGCCAGAGGUUAUGUCGGUAACCCAAAUGAUUAUUUUCAAGGGGGUGACUGGCAAGGUUUUUUAAAUAGAAUGUUUCAAGCAAGCAAAAAAAAAGGUACACCACCUGCAUCUAAAGAAGAAAUUGAAAAAUUAAAAAGAGAUAGAGUUGAUCAAACAAUCGUUGAUCAAAAAGUUGAUUGUGCAGUCUGUAAAGAUGAAUUCAAAUGGGGUGAUGAUUAUAUAGAACUACCAUGUCAACAUUUAUAUCAUCCUGAGUGUAUAUUACCUUGGUUAGAACAACAUAAUAGUUGUCCAGUUUGUAGAUUUGAAUUAAAAACCGAUGAUGAUUCUUAUGAAAAAGAUAAAGAACUUAAAAGAGAAAUGGAACAACAACAGCAAAAUAGUGAGGAAGAUGAUGAUAAUAUUGAUGAUCAAAACACAACAACUACCACAACCACGACAUCAACCAAUAAUAAUGAAAGUGAAGAUGAUUCCAUGCAUGAAUAA